GCGUUCGACUGUUCGAGAGCUGCUUCUUGUGCGGGUUUUUGGAGUCUCGUCGUACACACAAAUAGUCUAGCGUCGGACUUGGGGCGAAUCGGUUCAGUGUUUUACUGUUGGUUUUGCUCGUGAUCAGGAAUAGCCAACAACAGAAGUAUAGCAAAGUGUUCAACGGUCUUUUUGUUGGGGGGAUUCGCGUAAGCUCAGCAUCUUCACCUUUGCCAUAAUUGGGCACCUUACGUAAGGGACAGCAACCCUGCUCAACUCCCUUGGUUGAACUCCCUUCCAAACCCUCCCGGAAGUGUGCGCCUGACCGCAAGCAAGCCUGUGUGAUCUCCGCGACCUGAUAAAAGUGAGAGUUUUUCGUGCUUUAUCGCGCUCCAGCUCCGGCAGCCUCAGAAGUGUUUUGUGCGCGCGCUCAGUUGAGACCAACUUGAAGAGGGAGAGAAAGGAAGCAAUAAUGUUUGUCAAGCGAAGGAAGUUCCCCAACUCCAACAACAACGAAAUUUUGAACAACUCCAACUACGAGAAGCAGAAGCAGCAGGUGGCAAAAUUGCGCUGCACCAAGCAUAAAGACUGCAACGGCGGCACAAGUGAGUGCCUGCAAGUUGCCACCAAUGUCACCGAGCAGAAACACAACGUGACCCGGGAGGUGCGUGGCCAGAAUCUCGGUCUCUGCCGGGGCUUCCGCGGCUGCACGCUCUGGCUGACGGGACUCAGCGGAGCGGGCAAAACGUCGAUCGCGUUCGAGCUGGAAGCCUACCUCGUGUCCAAGGGCAUCCCUGCGUACGGCCUCGACGGGGACAACAUCCGAACGGGUUUGAACAAGAACCUGGGCUUCUCGCAGGUCGAUCGAGAGGAAAACAUUCGUCGUGUGGCCGAAGUGGCGAAACUGUUUGCCGACAGUGGAGUCGUGUCGAUCUGCAGCUUUGUGUCGCCGUUCGCCGAGGAUCGGGAGAUGGCGCGGAAGAUUCACAAAGAUGCGGACUUGAAGUUUUUUGAAAUCCACGUCAAUACUCCGCUGGAGGUGUGCGAAUCUCGAGAUGUUAAGGGGCUGUACAAGAAGGCUCGCCAGGGUUCGAUCCAAGGGUUUACGGGAGUUACGCAAGCGUACGAAGCUCCCGAGAGCCCGGACUUGGCCGUUUCGACGGAGGGUGUUACGGUACGACAGUCGACGUACAAGCUGAUAAAGCUACUUGAAGACGAGAACAUUAUACCAAAGUUCAUCAAGGAAGACGAACCCAUUCCGGAGUUGUUUGUGGCGGACCACUUGAGAGUUGAGGUCGAGGCGGAAGCAAAAACACUGCCAUCAAUCCCAAUCAGCACCGUUGAGUUGCAGUGGCUCCAAGUGCUGGCCGAAGGUUGGGCCCACCCGUUGAAGGGUUUCAUGCGCGAGAAGGAAUAUCUGCAGGCGUUGCAUUUCAACUGUGUAUUAAGCGAGGAUGAAACGAUGCGUGAAAACCAGUCCAUUCCAAUAGUAUUAUCGGUUAGUGAAAGUGAUAAGAACAAACUAGACGGAGUCAGUGCCCUGUCGUUAUCGUACGAGGGUCGGUUGGUGGCAAUUCUGAGGAAGCCCGAGUUUUACGCUCAGCGAAAGGAGGAACGAUGCGCGCGGCAAUUCGGAACCGCAAACGGCGACCAUCCGUACAUCAAGAUGAUCAUGGAAUCUGGCCAAUUUCUUGUCGGUGGCGAGGUUGAAGUGCUCGAUCGUAUCGUUUGGAACGACGGGCUGGACAGCUAUCGUUUGACGCCGAACGAGCUGCGGAAAAAGUUCCAGGACAUCAAAGCGGACGCCAUAUUUGCCUUCCAGCUGCGCAAUCCCAUCCACAAUGGACACGCACUGCUGAUGAGCGACUGCCGCCGUCAGCUGGUGGAGCGCGGCUUCAAGAAUCCGGUUCUGCUGCUGCAUCCACUCGGCGGUUGGACCAAGGACGACGACGUGCCGCUGCCGGUGCGAAUGGCUCAACACCAGGCCGUGCUAGAUUCGGGAGUGCUGAAGCGGGAGCACACAAUUUUGGCCAUUUUCCCGUCUCCGAUGAUGUACGCUGGCCCGACCGAGGUGCAGUGGCAUGCGAAAGCAAGAAUGAACGCCGGUGCCAACUUUUACAUCGUUGGCCGCGACCCCGCUGGGAUGCCCCACCCGGACAAGAAUAUGUACCCGGACGGCAAUCUGUACGACGGAGCGCACGGUGCUCGCGUACUCAAGAUGGCCCCCGGACUGGACAGUAUUGAGAUCUUACCAUUCCGCGUGGCCGCGUACGACAAGUCCGUCUCGCAGAUGGCCUUCUUCGAUCCGGCCCGGAAGGGCGACUUUGAUUUCAUCUCCGGCACCCGGAUGCGCACGCUGGCCCGCACCGGGCAGGAUCCGCCGCUCGGCUUCAUGGAACCGAAGGCGUGGAAAAUCCUCGCCGAAUACUACCAAUCGCUGAAGAGCGGCUCGACGAAUUGACGCGAGAGAUAGUGUGGGGGGCGCACAAAAGUUUUCUUUUUUUUAGCAAUGGCGUGUGAUAUCGGGCUUGGAGCGCGUGUCUUUCGUUUGUGUUUUAGUUUUAGCUUUGUUUGAUUUAUUGUGUAGUGUUCAGAAUUUAAAAAAUGAUGAUCAGAUUUAUAUUGUUAUAUUAUUUAAUCGUGGUACGAGAACAAAGUUUAUUCGGACGAAUAAACGGAAUUAAACAAAAAUAUAACCUUAAGGGGAUACUAACCGUA